CCGAGGUUUUCCAAAUUAUAACGUAGCCAUGUGUUAUUUAUUCAGUUCACCAUAACAAGUCACACGUUAUUUCACUGAACAUAAAGAAAUGUGGACUUAUAAAAGACUUUUGUAGCAUAGUUUUAGUUGUUUUAUUUACUUGAUAAAAUAUAUAUAUUUACGUACAUAUUUAUAUAGAUCUAUUGGAAAUAGAUCCAGAUCUAUAUUUACUUUAUUUAUAUUUCGUGACACACAUAAAAUUAAAGAAAAAAUGAGUGCUGAAAACGGCAACACGAAGCAAGGGUCAACCAGUUCACAUUCGAGUGAGGACGAUGCUGUAAAUCUGAAACCCAAAAUUUCACUUUUAAAUGGUGUGACGAUCAUCGUUGGAUCCAUUAUAGGAUCUGGCAUAUUUGUUAGUCCAAAAGGAGUUCUAGAAAACGCAGGGAGUGUUGGACUUUCAUUAAUAAUAUGGGUAAUGUGUGGAUUAUUUUCAAUGAUUGGUGCUUACUGUUAUGCGGAACUUGGAACGUCUAUAAUGAAAUCUGGAGCGGACUAUGCUUAUAUAUACGAAGCUUAUGGACCGUUCCUUGCAUUUUUAAGAUUGUGGGUAGAAUGUAUGAUUGUAAGACCGUGUUCACAGGCUAUCGUCGCGUUAACGUUUUCAUACUAUGUGGUAGAGCCUUUGUUUCCUGAUUGUGAACAGCCAGACGUUGCUGUCAGAUUGUUGGCUGUUGUUUGUAUAUUGAUCCUUACAUUUAUCAACUGCUAUGACGUGAAGUGGGCAACCCGUGUGCAGGAUUUGUUCACAUAUGCCAAGUUACUGGCGUUGGGAUUAAUUAUUAUAACUGGAAUGGUACAGUUGUGUAGAGGAGAGACUGAAUAUUUCCAAGAUCCGUUUGAGCACACGGAAACAAACAUAGCUAAAGCAACACUUGGCUUUUAUUCCGGGCUGUUUGCAUACAAUGGAUGGAAUUACCUGAACUAUGUUAUAGAAGAGUUAAAAGACCCUGUCAAAAACUGCCCGAAAGCUAUAUGGAUAUCCAUCAGUCUGGUAACGUUGGUGUACACGUUUGCUAAUGUAGCGUACUUUACUACGGUCAGCAGAACCGAGAUACUGAGUGGAGCAGCUGUAGCUGUGAUGUUUUCACAACGUCUGUACAGUUUCAUGUGGGUGAUAAUGCCGAUAUUUGUAUCACUCUCCACUUUUGGAGGUGUGAACGGUAUCCUCUUCACGUCAUCAAGAUUGUUCUAUGUUGGUGCCAGGGAGGGACAUAUGCCACAGAUCUUGUCUAUGGUACAGAUCAACAGGCUUACACCUAUGCCUGCAUGCUUGUUUAUGGGUCUACUAUCAUUGGUGUAUUUAACAUCGUCAGACAUGUACGCCCUCAUUAACUAUGUCAGUUUUGUUAACUGGCUAGCCAUUGGUCUCUCCGUAACGGUGCUUCUUUACUUUAGAUACACUAGACCAAACAUGAAUCGCCCAGUAAAGGUUGCUAUUAUAUGGCCGAUAAUUUAUGUAGUUAUGUCGGCGAUACUGGUACUCUUACCUAUGUACUCCAGCCCUGCUGAAACAGGGUUUGGUUGUCUCAUCAUUGCCACGGGUAUACCUGUAUAUCUAGUGUUUGUUUACUGGGAAAAUAAACCUAAAUCUAUAACAGAUUUCCUAGAUCGUGUUACUUUAGCCCUACAAAAACUGAUAAUGUGUAUCCCAGAAGAAGCUGUAGAGAAAAAGACUACUUAAAAAGACAUUUUGAAAAUAUUCGAGCUGUAGAACAAACAAGAUCAAAAAUACAAAUACAACAUCAAGCCCUUCCAUACAAUAAAAUAGAAGAUCCUAAACAUAAGAGCUAAACCUCAGUCACUAUAAAUACCGUAUAUAGGAAGGACUUUCCCAGAAAUGUCAAGGCUGGUUCCCUCAGCUUUCCAAGAAUCGUACAGUCAAGCUGACUCCCGGCUUACCAAGAGUUUUCCAGCCAAGAUGACAUGCGGUUUGAGGGAAUGGAACACGGGAGACGUACCAUUGUAAAAUAAAAAAAAAUUUAAAAGAAGAUUUUUAGGUACAGUAAUGUCACUGUUACCUCAUUUACACAAAAAAUUAAUUGUCAUAUUGAUAUACAUAUUUAUGGGUUAUGUAAAUGUUUUUCCUAGCUGUUCCUCUGUUAACUAUUUCACACAAAGAAUAGGUACCUUUAAGAGCAGUUAAGUAUAUUUGUAAAUAACAUGUACAUACAUGUUAGUUGUUAAUGAUUAUAAUAGUAAUUAAGAUAUUU